AUGGCGACAUCGCCCAGCCAAGCAACCCCUCCACCAGCCUCCCUUUUCAAUCUCCCAGACGGGCUCACCCCUGACUCCAUCGACACACUCCCCGUGCUCUCCGCGCUCCUCUCGCGACUACAAAAUCCCUCCUCCAGUGCAAAUACAGCUUCGACCUCUGGCUCGCCGCUCGCCGCUACUCCCUCACAACUCGCAUCCAGCACAGGUCCGCUAUCGAUCAAAGACAUUCCUGCCGCAACGGACGAGCUGAAGCACAAGUUACAGAGGGCGAGAGUGCAGGUUAAGGAGUUGCCGGAUAUGGAUCGGAGUGUAGAGGAGCAGGAGGUCGAGAUCAGGGAGCUGGAGGAGAAGAUUAGGAGGCAGAGGGAGGUGUUGGUUGGAUUGAGGGAGGUUGGGUUGCAGGCGAAGAGGGAGAAGGAACGGGGGGGGAAGGAAGACGGCACAGAUGUGAUGGAGACUUGA